AUGGCGUUGUUGGCAAUGAGGUUCCUGAAGACGAAGCGAGUGGUGAAGACGAGAGCUCAACUCGCUCCAUUGAGCCUGGCUGAUUCGACGGGGAAGGGAUCGCAGAGAAUAUUUCGGAGGACAUCGUGGCGAUAUUGGGUAGUCGAGCAAAUCGGUUCUACAGAUCGAGCGAGCUUGGCCAGGAUGUUGGAACUCAUCCAGGCUUCGCUGAGGCUCAACGUAUACUCAUCCAUGGUUGCAAAGGAAAGUACGGCGGCACGCGUGUGA